GCCUGAUGCCCCUAGUAACCAAGUAUUACCAGCAAGCAUGGCUGAAAAUAAGCCUCCUCCAAAGCAGUCCUCCUCUUUGGGAUACUCUAUUCAUUUUGAGCCAGACAAGCCAUGGAAGGAGUCACCAGUGCCAAGGUGUUUGAAGGACUACACUACCAAACCCAUCCCCUCCAGAACUCAGCUCUUAGAAAAACAAGAGAAAGCUUUCCGUCGACGAAAGUUUGAAGAAGUGGCUCGACAAGAGAGGAUACAGGAGAGGCAAGUGUCUACUGUGACGUUUGACAAGAAAGUGAGGCCCUAUCUUGAGCAACUCCAGAUGUCUGGAGCCUACAACUAUUAGCCAACAGAGAAGCAAACUGAAAACUAGAGCUACUAUAGUCUAGCUACAGUAUAUAAUAUGUUAAUAUUCUCAUUACACAACAAAUAAUAAUCAUAUCAAUGAAA